AUGGAAUUCUUGCUUCGAUUUCGAGUUCCCUCUGUUCUGCUCAAAGUGAGCCAUAGUGAUGCAAAUAUUGGCACCAGCAUAGACACUAGUAGCAGCGCUGCCACUAGCCUUGCCGCUGAACGCGGCGAAGGAGGAAGCGCGGCCACGAUCCAACAGCCAGCCGCUUCCCACGUGGACUAUCCGAUCACCGUUGAUCCGCACGAGCCGCUCCAAUCAGCGUUUGACAAGCUCUUGCUGUCCCACCUGCCGCACUGCUGUCUACCAGGUCAGCAGACACGUCAGCAACAUGAUGACGCAGAGAGCGGUGAAAUUCAAGAGGGGGGGAAGGGGAGCAGCAGUGAUGGCGAAGAGAAGCAAGCGGUUCGGUUCAUGGCUAUCGAACAAGUGGUGUACUUAACACCUACCUUAUCCGCUGUCAAGGCCAGACUUAAAUCGGCAACUGCCCCUCCCUCUGCGCCUGCAACUGCUGCCGCACUUUCCGCUCUCCCCAUGCCUGCAGAGAACAGCACAAACGUGGCGAACAACAGUUCCACCGCCGGCAGCGGCACCAGCAGCAGCUAUAAACCCAGAAGCACCACAGGUGGCAGCCACAAGGCUGGCAGCAACAAGGCUGGCAGCAGCAAGGCUGGCAACAGCAAGGCUGGCAGCAGCAGAAGCUCUAGCAACCCUUUCCACACGGAGCACGCGCUGCUAACGCGGGCGCACAUGGUGCACUACGUGGACGUGCACCUGCCGUGGUCGCACUCCCUCUGCGCCUGCUGCCUCCCGCGCAUGCUCUGCCCCGCCCCGCCCAUCGCCUUCCAGAUCUCCUCACUCACCUCCCUGCGCAAGCACCUGCAACAGCCUUACGUGCCCACCAUGCCACCCUACCGCUUCGGAAAUAAGCCCCCGCGCUUCAUCACUGCAUAUCCCGCCACCAUCCCACUCUCGGCUCCUCCGCUCAGCCCUCCAGGUAGUGUUACUGGUGCGAGUGCUGCUGCAGAAGAGAGUGCAGCAGCGCCGUCGGUGGCGCAGCAGUAUCGGUGGAAGGUGGACUCAGCACCAGUGGUUGCAGCUGAGGGGAUGAUGCUCGAAUGGCUGGCAGAGCCACGUGUCGGCCUGCUACUGGACCUCCAGAAUCUCAGGCGCCAGCUGGCAGCUCUUCUUCACAUGCAUGAAAUAGCUGAUACACGUGUGGCCACUGAGGCUAGAGGCACCGCCACGGCUAAAGGCAACAGCACGGCAGCUAGCACUCGCCUGUGGUGGUGCUGCUGGCAGUGCAGCCGCUGCUGGACGAGCUACCGCCAUGCCGUGUCCAUCGCUGCUUUCACCGUGCUUGUCGCCAAGUUCCCCCACUUUGUCACUCUCUAG